GCCAUGUAGCAGGCGGCGUGGACACGGCCGCUCAGCGGCGCCUUUAAAUCCUCGGCACCACCCCCGCCGCCCCGCCUCCCGCGCGGCCUGGGUCUAGUUUGCUUCGGGGUCGGGUCCGCGCGAGCUGCGAUGGAGCUGCACAUCCUAGAGCACCGGGUGCGGGUGCUGAGCCUCGCCCGCCCCGGUCUCUGGCUCUACACCCACCCGCUCAUCAAGCUGCUUUUCCUGCCCCACCGCAGCCGGUGCAACUUCUUCAGCCUGACGGAGACCCCUGAGGAUUACACGCUCAUGGUGGACGAGGAGGGCUUUAAAGAGCUACCUCCAUCCGAGUUCCUGCAAGUGGCUGAGGCCACAUGGCUGGUGCUGAACGUGUCAUCUCACAGUGGUGCAGCGGUACAGGCUGCUGGGGUCACCAAGAUCGCCCGCUCAGUCAUCGCGCCUUUUGCUGAGCACCACGUGUCUGUGCUGAUGCUGUCCACUUACCAGACGGACUUCAUCCUGGUACGGGAGCAGGACCUGUCCGUGGUGAUCCACACGCUGGCCCAGGAAUUCGACAUUUACCGUGAGGUGGGCGGGGAGCCUGUGCCUGUGGCCAGGGAUGAUUCCACCAACGGCUUUCCCCGAGCCCAGCAUGGGCCCAGCCCCACGGUGCAUCCCAUCGAGAGCCCACAGAACCGCUUCUGUGUCCUCACUCUGGACCCUGAGACAUUGCCAGCCAUCGCCACCACCCUCAUCGAUGUCCUUUUCUACUCGCACAGCACCCCCAAGGAGGCAGCCUCUGGCAGUCCUGAACCCAGCUCCAUUCCGUUCUUUGCCUUCUCUCUCAUCGAGGGCUAUAUCUCCAUUGUCAUGGACGCUGAGACGCAGAAAAAGUUCCCCAGCGACCUCCUGCUGACCAGCUCAUCCGGGGAGCUCUGGAGGAUGGUGCGCAUCGGUGGACAGCCCCUGGGCUUUGAUGAAUGUGGGAUCGUGGCCCAGAUCGCAGGCCCCCUGGCUGCUGCCGACAUCUCUGCCUACUACAUCAGCACCUUCAACUUUGACCACGCCCUGGUACCUGAGGAUGGUAUUGGCAGUGUCAUCGAGGUCCUCCAGCAACGGCAGGAGGGCCUGGCCUCCUGAGGCCUGUGGGCAGCAGAGCAGCCUCUCUGUGUCUCCUUGUCUCCAGGUUUCCAG